AUGUCGUACUUAUUGCCACAUUUAGAGAGCGGCUGGGCCGUUGAUCAAGCCAUUUUAAACGAAGGGGAUCGUGUAGUGGUAAUUCGUUUUGGUCAUGACCAUGAUCCGACGUGUAUGCAGAUGGAUGAAGUGUUGUGCGGCGUCGCAGAAGACGUCAAGAAUUUUGCAGCGAUUUAUGUGGUAGACAUCACGGAAGUACCGGAUUUCAAUACCAUGUACGAGCUCUAUGACCCCUGUACCGUCAUGUUUUUCUUUCGAAAUAAACAUAUUAUGAUUGAUUUGGGUACGGGCAAUAACAACAAGAUCAAUUGGGCUUUUAAUAAUAAAACCGAGAUGAUUGACAUCAUUGAGACGGUCUAUCGGGGUGCCAGGAAAGGUCGAGGCCUUGUCAUCUCGCCGAAAGACUAUUCGACCAAGUACAGAUACUGA